AUAAGAUCAAGGAUUAUGAAUUUGCUCAGAUCUUAAAGCGAAGCAUCUGCCUGGAACAGAACACCCAAGCCUGGUGCGAAAACUGCGAGAAAUACCAGCCCACGGUCCAGACCCGCAACAUCCGCUGCCUGCCAGAUGUUUUGGUCAUUAACUGUGAAGUAAACAGCUCCAAGGAGGCAGAAUUCUGGAAGAUGCAGGCAGAGUAUGCCUUUAAGAAGUUGAUGAUGAAGAAGGGUGGUCUGGAACUCCCCCAAAGUAGAGAAAUACCUGUUGGGGAAUGGAACGAAUUGGGAAUGGCAGAGGGAGGGCAUUCUUAUACCUCCAUUGAAGAGCUGAAGAACGUCUGGAUUCCUUAUUCUAUCAAGAUGAAGCUCUCCAAGAACAAGGAACUGGAGGUUUACAACUGGGAUGAAAGCACAGAAUUGACUGUGUUGGAUGACCAGGAAUCAACGUACGUCUAUGACCUUAUGGCAACCAUUGUGCACAUUCUGGACUCCCGGACUGGGGGCAGCCUGGUGGGGCACAUAAAAGUGGGGGAGACCUACCACCAAAGGAAGGAGGGUGUCACACACCAACAGUGGUACCUUUUCAAUGACUUUCUCAUUGAGCCUGUGGAUAAGUGUGAGGCCGUGCAAUUCGACAUGAGCUGGAAGGUGCCUGCAAUCCUUUAUUACGUGCGGAGGAACCUCCACUCCAAGUACAAUUUAACCAUUAAGAACCCUAUCGAAGCCAGUGUGCUGCUUGCCGAGGCCUCGCUCGCCCGUAAGCAGCGCAAGUGUCACGCCACUUUCAUCCCGCUCAUGCUGAAUGAGAUGCCCCAGGUGGGGGACCUGGUGGGGCUGGAUGCUGAAUUUGUCACCCUCAACGAGGAGGAGGCUGAGCUUCGCAGUGACGGGACCAAAUCCACUAUCAAGCCCAGUCAGAUGUCGGUGGCCAGGAUUACGUGUGUGAGGGGGCAGGGUCCCAACGAGGGCGUUCCCUUCAUCGAUGAUUACAUUUCCACGCAAGAACAGGUGGUGGAUUACCUCACUCAAUACUCUGGAAUAAAGCCGGGGGAUCUGGAUGCCAAAAUCUCCUCCAAACACCUCACCACCCUCAAAUCCACCUACCUGAAACUACGCUUCCUCAUCGAUGUCGGGGUCAAGUUUGUGGGUCAUGGAUUGCCAAAAAGACUUCCGGGUCAUCAACAUCAUGGUGACUGCCUCCGUUUUGAACCUUGACAUAUAUGUCCCUCA